GGUCUACCGAACUCGGGACCGAGGCAACAGAAACAAAUAAUGAAAGACAGAGUUCGUAAAGAGACAAAUAAGAACUCACAAUGAGUCUUGUUGGGUUACUUCAGCUGAGAUUGAAAACCAAGACUGUAUUGCAAUCAAUAGUUUGUGAUUGGACGUAUGAGUAGAUGCGGUGUGAGAUCUUCGGUAGCGGGAGCCGAAUGCCAUGUUAUCUCAAUUGCCUGCGUCACCUCCUCAAAACUAACAGGAAUUAGGUACCUUGGGUUAGUGCUUGAGUCGGCUAUGGCUUGCCUACCUAGUCAACGAGGGGCUCGUACCUGAUUAGCAAUCCAGUUCUACCUUUCACAUCAUAAACAUUGUUGCUUUGUCCUGUUGACAGGCUGUCAAACAACACAUCAAGGAAUAAUGAAGGUCACUCAGCUUUGGUACUAUCCUAUCAAAGGACUUCGAGGCAUUCAAGUCCAGUCGGCCAAACUAGGCCCACAAGGGCUUCAAUAUGACCGUCGUUUCAUGCUUUACAAGAUUGAGAAGUCGGGCGACUUCAGCAAGAUCCAAUUGUCCGGUCACCCAGAAUGCAGUCUUUUCGCACAAGAAGUCGUUGGCGACAAGAUCCGGGUCAAGUACCUGAUUCCAGAAGUACCACUUGUGCCAUGGAAACCAGAGCAGGACACUGUCCUUGAAGUCCCAAUUGAACCGGAUAUUAAUGGAUUGAGCAAGGCCGACGUCAGCCUACAUCAAAGUCGUGUUAUUGCAUACCGCAUGGGACCCAAAUAUGAUGCAUGGUUCACCGCUUGCUUUGGUUUCGACACAGCUCUUGUCUUCAUUGGCGAUGGUCGACGCCCUGUGCUGGGAACAUUUUCUCCCAAGGCUCAGGCUACUCCUCCGCCAUGGCCAAUGUUGCUUCUCAACCACCUUUUAGGGAAGAAAGCCACUGAGGAUGAUUGGAUUACCUUUACUGAUUGUGCGCCCUAUCUGUUCACCACAGAAGAAUCUCUCAGCAACGUCAAAGCCCGGCUAUCGACAUGCGACGUUGACAUGAAGGCUAUGCGACCCAACAUUGUUCUGGAUGGCGAAACCGCAUGGGAUGAGGACUUUUGGGCACAGCUGACCAUUAAUGGGGCUCAUCAAGUAGCUCUCACCAAGAUGUGCGGACGAUGCACUUCGCUCAACGUUGACUACUCCACUGGCCGUGCAGCAAAAGGGGAGCGUGGCACGGUACUCAAGAAGCUCAUGUCUGACCGAAGAGUCGAUACUGGAUCAAAGUAUUCUCCAGUUUUCGGCAGAUACGGGUUUCUCACCAAUAACCGUGGUGGCGAUACGAUCAUAUCCAUUGGUGACAGUGUGGAGGUGACCAAGAGAAGCGCUGAGCGUACUGUAUGGGAUUGGGCGUUGGCGGAUCCCAAAAUCGCAAAAUACUACCAGUCUUCCUCAGACACGAGGUCGAGCAUACCCAUAGUUCUCUCAUUCUGGCUGACGGCUGCGGCUCUGCUGGGCCUGCUACCGUGUUGGCUUUUACUUGCCUGAAUAAACAUACCUAUUUCUUCGAUCAAGGUGCCAGAAAG